GAAGAUCUGAGCCCAAGGGAAAUACAAGAAAAAUACUCUUUCUCUCCAAGCAGCCUGCUGUGCAGCUCUUACUGAACUUGUGCUCAAUGACACCAAUGCUCACCAAGUAGUUCAGGAAAAUGGUGUUUACAUUAUUGGUAUGCUGAUUUUACCAAGCAGACAAAAUGAUUGUACCAGAAGCAAGUCUAUUUUAUUACAGUGUUAUGCGUUCCGAGCAUUAAGAUUUCUCUUUAGCAUGGAAAGAAACCGAGAUCUGUUCAAAAGGUUUUUCCCACCAGAUUUGUUUGAGAUGUUUAUUGACAUUGGUCAUUACGUUCGAGACAUCAGUGCCUAUGAAGACCUUGUAUCUAAAUUGAAUUCACUACCAGAAGAUGAACUGAAGCAAGUGGCUGAUGGCAUUGAAGGCAUCAAUCAGAACAAAACUCCCACAAAAUUUAUUGGAAACUAUGCAAUUCUAGAUCACCUUGGAAGUGGAGCAUUUGGGAGUGUAUAUAAGGUG